UUUGUCGGCACGCCAUCUUUCAAUUUUCUUUUUUUCGUAGACACCGACGUGUAGAAAACGUGUUGUGUGUAGGCUAGUGCUAUUUUUCGCAAAUUUGCAGUAAAAUGGGUUUCGUAAAGGUCGUGAAGAAUAAGCAGUACUUCAAGCGUUACCAGGUCAGGUUCCGCAGGCGUCGCGAGGGUAAAACCGAUUACUACGCCCGUAAGCGUCUUAUCUUCCAGGAUAAGAAUAAAUACAAUACUCCGAAGUACCGAAUGAUUGUUCGUCUGAGCAACCGCGACAUUACUUGCCAGAUUGCUUACGCACGCAUUGAAGGAGAUCGCAUUGUUUGUGCUGCCUACUCGCACGAACUUCCCCGCUAUGGGGUUAAAGUUGGUCUAACCAACUACGCAGCUGCAUACUGCACUGGACUGCUGGCUGCCCGUCGUAUUCUACAGAAACUUCGUCUGGAUACAUUGUACACUGGUUGUACAGAUGUUACUGGCGAAGAGUACCAGGUCGAGUCAGUCGAUGAAGGACCAGGUGCCUUCCGUUGUUACCUAGAUGUCGGUCUGGCUCGUACCACCACCGGAGCUCGUGUUUUCGGUGCCAUGAAGGGUGCCGUCGACGGUGGUCUGAAUAUUCCUCAUUCGGUCAAGCGUUUCCCUGGUUACAGUGCUGAAAACAAAAGUUUCAAUGCUGAGGUUCACCGAGCCCACAUCUUUGGACAACAUGUUGCCGAUUACAUGCGCACCUUGGAAGAGGAAGACGAAGAUGCCUACAAGCGUCAGUUCAGCAAAUAUAUUGGUCUUGGAAUCAAGGCUGAUGAUAUCGAAAACAUCUACAAGAAUGCUCACGCUGGCAUCCGCAAAGAUCCUUCCUUCACCAAGAAACCGGAAAAGAAGGUCACCAAGAAACGUCACAAUCUGGCCAAACUCACGCUGGAAGCCCGCAAGGCAAAGAUCGCCAAGCACAAGGCCGACUUCCUUGCCAAGAUACAAGCAGAUGUGGAAGCUUAAACCGAUAUUGUUUGGACCUGACGGUCACUGUUACCGUCAGUUUCCGGUUUCUCAGCUGGGUCAGAGGGCUUUGCAUUUGCUCGACAAUUUACUGCUUCUACUUCCUAUUAAAUAUUUUUCC